GGCCCAGGUCAGGGAUGAAUGGUGUGAAUCCCAUAGAAUCCACCGAAGAUGACUCCAGCUACGAUGGGGACGAAGAUGUGGGCCAGAGGACACAGCAGGAGAGAAAACCAUGGGAUGUCUUCCGGGAUCCUCCUAUACGAGAGAGCAGUGGUUCUGUUAGUGACAAACGUGCCCUAGUGACUCUUACUAAGUUAGUGAAAGUAUUAGCUACUAUUUUCACUACGGUGGUAGUGCUUGGUUCAGCAGUCUUAGUUAAAGGAACUGUGCUAUUCAUGACAUCACAACUCAGAAAAGGAAAGCAAACAGUCUACUGCAACAAAGGACUUGGUGGUGAAAAACAAUUUGCUGCAGAACUACCUGAAGAAGAAAGAGUGGCAUGGAUGUGGUGUAUACUGAUUGCGUAUGCUGUCCCAGAACUAGGCACAUUCAUCCGUGCAUCACGAAUGUGCUUCUUUAAAACUGUAGCAAAACCAUCCCUACCAGAGUUCCUUAUUGCCUUCUUUAUGGAGACGUUUCACACAAUAGGCAUGGCACUUCUUUUCUUUGUAAUUCUGCCCAAUCUUGAUGUGCUGAAGGGUGUCAUGUUGACAAACUGCUUUUGCUUUAUUCCUGGUGUGCUUGCUAUUGCCUCAAGAAAUAUGAAUGAGCCAGGACGUCCUAUUAAAUUAGUUGCUGAUGUUGCUGCUACAGCCAUUCAGGCUACAGGAUUUGUAGUAUGGCCAAUGUUAGAAGGAAGUGAAAAACUUCAGUUGUGGUUGAUUCCAGUCACAACUAUCUUUAUUUCAUGUGGAUGGUGGGAAAAUUAUAUUUCUGCAACAGAAAAUGCUCCUCUAGGUUUUGUGAAGCCAUUGCAUCAAAUAAUGAAGAGACUAUCAGCAACACGUUAUUACAAUUAUCUGUUUAUAUCAUGCUGGAAAAUACUGUGCUUCUUUGUGUCUAUACUGGUAAUCCUUGCUCUGCAGAACGAAAAUGUAAAUAAUUUCUUCAGUCUGCUUCCUACAGCUUUUGGACCACAUAAAAUAACAGUAAUUGAAGUAAUAAGUUCUGAUGCUGGUACAAGUGUGUUAGAUGAGGCUCUUACAACUCCUGAGAAGUUUCAAAUGGACGCAUACUAUUAUGCUUCAGUCUUUGUACUUAUCAUACAGAUAUGCGCAGCAUAUAUCUGUUAUAUAUUUGGAAAAUUUGCCUGCAAAAUAAUGAUCCAGCCAAUUGCUUUUGCAUUCCCUGUGAAUGUGACAGUUCCACUGUCUAUUUCAUUACUAAUUGUAAUGUGUGGGUUAAAGAACACAGAUCCUUGCACUUACCAGAACAUUAUACCAGAUUACCUUUUCUUUGAUGCACCAAGCUCUUACACAGUUGGUGACUUCUUGGGGACACAGCAUGCAUGGAUUUGGUUAUUGUGGCUGUUUUCUCAAACUUGGAUUACGAUUCACCUGUGGUCACCCCAAUGCAAACGUCUUUCACCAACAGACAGGUUAUUUGUGACUCCUAUGUAUAACUCACUGCUCAUUGAUCAAUCUUUGGCAUUAAACAGAAGGCGAGAUGAUACAAAUAUGCAAGUGAUUGAGCCCGAUAUCUUUGCUGAUGAUGAACUUGAUGAUGCACAUAUCACAGAGAAAGAGGUGCUUGGGCCUUCUGAUGAGGUUACUCGAAUUUAUGCUUGUGCUACCAUGUGGCAUGAAACAAGAGAUGAAAUGCUUGAGAUGUUGAAAUCUGUUUUUCGUAUGGAUAUAGAUCAAUCAGCUCGGAGACUGGCAAGAAAAUACUUUGGUAUUGACGAUCCUGACUACUAUGAAUUUGAAACACACAUAUUAUUUGAUGAUGCUUUUGAAACAACUGAUGGAGAUCGCGUUGUCAAUAGCUAUGUAAAGCUGCUAGUGUCAGUAAUUGAUGAGGCUGCCACACUUGUUCAUGGCACAACUAUCAGACUUAGGCCUCCUGUAAAGUACCCAACACCUUAUGGUGGCCGUCUUGUGUGGACCCUUCCAGGCAAGACAAAAAUAUAUUGCCACCUUAAAGAUGGUGACAAAAUUAGAACCAGGAAACGUUGGAGUCAGGUAAUGUAUAUGUAUUACUUGCUUGGACAUAGACUGAUGGAAAAACCAAUAUCAGUUCAUCAAAAGGAAGCUAUUGCCAGAAACACCUAUCUUCUAGCUAUGGAUGGGGAUAUUGACUUUCAGCCUGAAGCUGUGCUCUUAUUGGUUGAUCUAAUGAAAAAGGACCCAAAUUUAGGUGCCGCCUGUGGACGUAUUCAUCCCAUCGGUUCGGGUCCAAUGCAGUGGUAUCAGGUCUUUGAAUAUGCGAUUGGACAUUGGUUACAGAAAGCUACUGAGCACAUAAUAGGUUGUGUGCUUUGUAGCCCUGGAGCAUUUUCAUUAUUUAGAGCAAAAGCUCUUAUGGAUGAUUCUGUGAUGAACAAGUAUGCCUUUCGCUCGUGUGAAGCUCGACAUUACGUACAGUUUGAUCAAGGUGAAGACAGAUGGCUUUGUACAUUACUUCUGCAAAGGGGCUAUAGAGUAGAAUAUGCAGCAGCCAGUGAUUCAUAUACACAUUGCCCUGAGGGUUUUAAUGAAUUCUUCAACCAACGUAGGCGAUGGAUACCUUCAACUACAGCUAAUAUUCUGGAUCUUCUAAUGGACAGUAAAAGAACAAUUAAAGCUAAUGAUAACAUCUCUCUACCAUACAUCAUGUACCAGAUCCUCUUAAUGGGUGGAACGGUACUUGGACCUGGAACUAUAUUCCUGAUGUUAACAGGAGCAUGUGUGACAGCCUUCCGUAUAGACAACUGGACAAGUUUUCUUUAUAAUGUUACUCCUAUUUUGUUAUUCAUGCUAGUAUGUUACACAUGCAAAUCAGAUAUACAGCUGACUGUUGCCAUGAUUAUCACAGUGGGUUAUUCAUUGGUUAUGAUGGCAGUACUAGUUGGUCUGAUACUACAGAUACAAGAGGAUGGAAUUCUCGCACCUUCAUCGCUUUUCUUAGUUCUCUGUGCAGCUGAAUUUUUAAUUGCAGCUAUAUUUCAUCCAAAAGAAAUGUACUGCUUACCACCUAUUGUGGUGUAUUAUAUCACUAUACCAAGCAUGUAUCUACUUCUCAUCAUUUACUCUGUUUUCAAUCUCAAUAAUAUUUCUUGGGGAACAAGGGAAUCACCAAAAGCACAAACUCAGCAGGAACAAGCAGUGGCCAUAGAAACAAAGAAAAAAGAUAAGAAGAAGGGCAUGUUUAGCUUCCUGACAAAGUUCACUGACAAAACAAAGAGCAACAAAGGCUCCAUUGAAUUUUCUCUGGCUAAUUUAUUUAAAUGCAUGUGCUGCACAUAUCCAAAACCUUCUGAAGAAACAGAACGUCUACUAAUGAUUUCUGGAAGUUUAGAAGCGAUUGGAAAGAGACUGGAGACCCUUGAACGGAUCCUUGACCCUAGCUCCCAUCUUAAUGGAAGACUAAGAGUGCGCCAAAAUAUGCGAGAAAAUCCACUGAUGCCACAUCCAGAACUCCCAGAAUUUGAUCAAGAAAGUAAGAAAAACUCUGAUGAUGAUAAUGAGAGUGUGACAUCAGAACCCAAAGAAGAUCGUAUUGAUGAUGUAAAUCCAUUUUGGAUAGAGGAUCGAAAACUGAAGAAAGGUGAAAUUGAUUAUCUCUCAAAAACUGAGAAGGUAUUCUGGACGGAUUUAAUAGCAGCUUAUUUGUAUCCUCUUUUUGAAGACCGUGAAGAAAACAAAGAAGAAAAAGCACGUAUCACCAAGGACCUGAAAGCUCUACGAGAUACAUCUGUUUUUGCAUUUUUCAUGAUAAAUGCACUCUUUGUACUUGUGGUGUUUUUGCUGCAACAAAACAAAGAAACCAUAUAUAUUCAGUGGCCUCUUGGUGCAAAAGCAAACAUCACAUUUGUUGAGGAUGAUAAUGAGGCUAGAGUCACAAAGGAAUACCUGGAACUAGAACCAAUUGGUCUCGUUUUUGCACUUUUCUUUGGAGUUGUGCUAAUAAUUCAGUUCUUUGCAAUGAUGUUUCAUCGACUUGGAACUCUGUCUCAUAUUUUGGCAUCAACAAAUGUAAAUUUAUUUUCCUGUGGAAAGGAUAAUGAUCAAGAAGAUGAAGAAGCCCUUAGGAAAGAGAUCAUAGCUGUAGUUUCACAUAUGCAACAGAUGCCACCGGAAGCUGAUGAAGAACAAGAUAAAAGGAAACCAUCACAGAGAAAAUUGACGUGUUUGAUGCCUUCUCCACAAGCACCUAAGAGUGUAAAUUUAGCUGAUAAUUUCAAAGUCAGCAUACAACAAUUUAUGAAUGAUGGAGAGCGUGGUAUUGACCAUUUCAGUCACCGUUAUAGUCUCAGGAAGAGAACAGCAUCACACUUAAUGAACAUGCACAGAAGGACAACUAUAGAAAGGCGAAAUUCUAAGGCACUGGCUGGAAAUAACAAGAUGUCGACAACCUAUCCUCAUUUGACAUCACCAGCACACACAGAAAUUGCUAAUGAAGGUCAUGUGAAUGCAGGAUUUGAUGGUUUUUCAGAGGAUGUAGGAAUAAAUAGAAGACCUUCUCAGAAGAGAAAGAGUAUAGUUACUUUUGCAGAUACCGAUGUUAAAUACAGUUGACAGAUCUGAGAAUUAUUUAUUCAUUAAAAGCCAUUGCUUUAAUCAUUAAUUAUUUGUAAAGAACAGUGUAAAAAGCUAUAACAACAUUGAAUACUACUCUGUAAAUAAAAUUUCAUUGCUGGUCCUAGGUAGUAACACCAGUACAUUUCAGGUAUCAUAACAACACUACAACAAAUGUACCAAACCUAACUGCCUUCCAGAUGAUAUUUCUGUGAUUUAGAAUUAAAAAGUAUGCAUUAUUUUUUUACUGUAAAAUCUUUGUUCAUUAUUUAUGUGAACAGGGUUAAAAUAAGAAAAACUUAUGCUUCUACAAAAAAAUGGAUUGGAGUAAAAUAAGAAAUUAUUAUUCACUUAUAUGUGGGUUGAUGCUGAAUUUCACACUUCCACAAUCAUGAAAGGCUGCUUGGAUUUUCUUACACUUUCUUGGAUGGAGAGAUAUUUGAAGUCCGUGACUAAAAUUGUCUUUAGUUUUGGUCAGUAAUUUAUUGAUCACUUUGGCUACUUUAAGUAUAUUUGUUCAAUUUUUGAAACACCAAUCUUAAUUUGAAACAACAUAUCCAAAUAUAACUAUCUUGUAUCAUGUGAAAUGUCAAAUUUCAAAGGAAGAGUCCUGUAUUUAUAACAACAGUUCACUGUCAUCAUCAUCAUCAUCAUUUUCCUUUCAAGGAUUAGUCCAUUACCUGUUCCAGACCCAGAAACAAAUAAAACCAUUCCCAUCUUCUUUGAGGUCUUCCAAUGUCUCUUUUCCCAAUUUUCUUGGCAUUUUCUUGAGGUGUUGCUUCCAAACUUCACAAUAUUUUUGAAUUUUUUCAUUCGUGUUGAAAAUAUUUAAUUGUGUUCUAAAAUCAUUGUUUCUAAUCAUGUCUCUUCUUGUGCAGCCCUUUGUUUUCCUUAGGAACCUCAUCUCUGUUGUUUCUUUGACCCAGCUUUUGUUUCUGUAGGAUAACACAGGAACUGCCAUCACUUUACAGAUUUUCAUGAUGAUCUCUUUUUGCUCUUUAUGGUCCAAUGUUCUCCUGUGGUACCACAGACAGGCACUCAUAACAAGAGUUAUGACAGUAAACUGAUGUGAAAGGUAGUUCUUUCCAUUAUUCUGAAAAUAGAUGUUGUGACUAGUCUCUUACUGCUAUCUUUUCUCAGUUAUCAAGAAGUAGAGAAAAUAGAAAUCAUUCUACAUUUUGUGACGAUGUUCAAUUUCUGAUAUGUGCAUUGCAACUGUAUGCCAUUUACAAUAACAUCUGUAGCAAGGAUUUAAAACAUCCCUGCUGCAGAUAAUGCAAUUUGGAAGAGAGCCUCUUAAUUAUGAUUUUGUGUACUACAAAGACAAAAAUAAAAUCUGGAGACAGAUGUGGAUAUUAAUCCAGAAACCUAUUUACUGUUCAGAAACACUAGUUGAUGAGGCUUAUUUUAAGUCUUAUUUACAAAAUAAGUGAUGUUAAAUCUAUCUCUCUGCCUCAUAUUAUAUUUCAAUUGUGUGAUUUAUGAUUAAGUGGUUCUCAUGACUGAUAUCAAAAAUGAUUUCACAAACAAAUAAACACUGGAACUUUCCAAGCUGAAAUAACAGUUACAAAAAUGGUAAAGGAAAGUUCUUGAAGGAAUACAAAUAAGGAAAGGAGUAGAGGUAACAAUUUACCUUACAUUUGAGUGGUCAAUAAACACAUAAACAAAACUGUAAGUGUUGCUAAGUUUUCUA